ACAGUAAAAGAAUAUUUAUGACGUCAUUAAAAUAUUUAAUUUAACUGCAGUCAAAUAUACACACGAGUACAUUGUACAUACCACAGUUCUGCUCAGACCCACUGUGAAAUUCCUUUUCUACCCUUCUCUCCCCACUCACACUGCCAACAUUCCAUGCCCUUUUUCGUCCAACUACACUAAUCUCACUCCCCCGAUCCCCUUCUUCUUCUUCCUCAUUUUUUUUCCCCAAUUCGAUUUUACCCUUUUUUGGGAGGAGAAAAUUUUCAAUUUUUUCAAGAUUAAUUCGCAGGAAAUGGAGCACCCAUUUUUUCCGACGACAACCACCCGGGCGGAGGCACUGCGGUGGCUGACGAUCGCCGAGAAGCUGCUGUCCGCGCGUGACCUGAUGGGCAGCAAGUCCUUCGCGAGCCGCGCGCGUGACUCCGAUCCGACGCUCACCCCGGCGGAUCAAAUCCUCGCCGUCGCCGACACGCUCCUCGCCGGAGACCGGCGGAUCGGAAACAACCAGCAGGACUGGUACGCCGUACUCCGAGUCACGCAGCAGCAGGGCGGCGACUCCGAGCUCAUCGCCUCACAGUACCGAAACCUAGCCCUAAUUCUCAACCCUCAGAAGAACAAAUUCCCCUUCGCCGAACAAGCCUUCCGCCUCGUCGUCGACGCCUGGUCCGUACUCUCAAACCCUUCGAGGAAAUCAAUGUAUGAUAAAGAGCUGGCUUUCUUUCUCCAGCAGCAGCAGCGACAACCCGACCCGUUUAGCAACCCUAUCCCAUCAAUGCACCAAAACUUCAUGUUCUUUGGGGGGAACAGCUCAACUGGUGUCACUCAUUCUUCCCAACCACAAGGCGGCGCCCAUUUUCCUCAGGUACAGGUACAUGCAAGUACUCAGGUUGACCCGGUGGGUGGUGGGUCGGCCCGAGAACAGCAGAAUUUCAUGAGUUUUACUUCGGGUUCAAAUCUUGUUUUCGGGGGUGCAUCUGGACCGUCCAAGGGAAGCCAUGAACCGGUGAAUAAGCAGGUACACGAAAGCUUUUCGACUUUUGCUGGUAAUGUAGCUGCUCCUGCUCAUGGGUCAACCCAGGAGCAAGUGAACAAAAACCACAAACAACCUCAGCAGAAUUACUCGAAUGUUGGUAAUCGAACUCCUCAUCAUGCGAGUGUGGGUGAUGAUGUUGGAAGGGGAAUCGAGGAUGAGGAGAAAAUAGAUGAGCAGGAGGAGAGAGUGAAUGCACCUGCGAAGAACGACGGAUCGACUUUUUGGACGGCGUGCCCUUAUUGCUAUUACAUGUACGAGUACCCUAUGGUUUAUGCUGAUUGCACUCUGCGGUGCCAGAACUGUAAGAGGGCGUUUCAGGGGGUGGUGAUACCCUCACCGCCGCCGGUCGUUGAUGGUAAAGAUGGGUACUUUUGCUGCUGGGGUUUUAUGCCUAUGGGUUUUUCGGUGGAGAAUUGGGAGAAAAAUAAGGGUGCUGCUUCUUCGUGGACUCCGUUUUCGCCCAUGUUCACUUGCCCACAGGCGUCGAAUGGGAAUGCCAACGCUACUAAAAAGGCUGCGCGUAGAAACUCGGCUCCAAGGGUGUAUGUUGACGAUGAUGAUGAUGAGGUUUUUAUGGAGGCCUCGGAUUCGAGUGGAUCGGACGAUGAUUGGCGCGAUGCUAUGGAGAAAAAGAAUAAGAAAUCAAAGAGUGUGAAAGGAAAGGGAGCUAGUGGGACUCCCAAUAAAAGCGCGAAGAAAGCACAAGUAGAUAAUAAAGGCAAGAAUGUGAAUGUGAAUGUGCAGCAAGAUGGGGUUGUGCCUCCAGCCGAGGUGGUGGAGGCACCUAUUAAGGCGGCAGCCCCCGUCGAACCGAGCAAAAAAGGGGCGGCAGCUGUUAGUGGUAGAAAACAACCUGGCAGAGUUGCAAAGAGUUUUGGGAAAUUGGAUUUGAAUGUUGAGUUUAGCAACGAAACCGAGGAGUCUGCUCCGAGGACGAACCAAGGGAGUGGACCAAGCCGUGGGAAAGAUGAUAACAUUGAAGGGGAGGAUGGUAAUAUCGAAGGGAUCGGAUUUUUCGAGGGUCUUGAUGAGUUCUUGAGCAGCCUUCCGAUUCUUAACGUCGUAGACGAUAAGGUCGUGAAGGAGACAUAAUAAAAAAGUAAGUGCUUUUUUGUUGUUGAUGUUGUUGUUGUAACUCUAGUUUGGGUGUGGAGGGUUGGUAGGGUGUUAUCGUUUCGGAUCAAAUUUGGAAUCUUAAGUUAUGGUUUAAUUAUCGUAUAUAUUGCUAUUUAUCUCGUUUUUAGAUUUCUU